AACUACCUUAUCGAGCCUACUCUUUUGAACCGUUUGAAACGGGGGAGAAUAUAGCGGAAGGUUUAAAUCGUUCAAUAAGCAAUGGCGCCGCACGACAUUCGCCGUCCGUUCAAGCGAGCGGCGAUAUCCGAUCAGCAGAAGCGGAGGGAGCUCUCGCUGCUCCGUCAAGCGCAGAAUCGUCGCGAUGCUCAACAGCAAGCUCGCUGCUUGGCUUCGUCUAUUCUCUCUCUCCAGUCUGCUGCACCCGAAUCCCAACCCGAACAAUCCGACAUCGAAUUAGAAACCGUACCCGAAGCCGAACCAGAAUCUGAAGCUUUUUCGAAAGACCUCGAUGUCCGUCAAGCUUCGAAGCUCCGAGGACCAGAGGUUCGAAAAUGGUUCGCGAGGCAGCUUAUGCUUCCUGAGUGGAUGAUCGACGUCCCUGAUCGCUUGGCCCAAGACUGGUAUGUAUUUGCAAGGCCAGCUGGAAAGCGAUGCUUUGUGGUUUCAUCAAACGGAACGACAGUGAGCAGGCAAAGAAACGGCUCCAUUUUGCAUCAUUUCCCAUCGGCUUUACCAGCUGGAGCCAAGAUCAGAGAUGGCUCGGGCUCAGCUCAAUCAUAUUGUAUCCUGGAUUGCAUUUUCCACGAGUUGGAUCAGACUUACUAUGUGAUUGAUAUGGUUUGCUGGAAUGGAUACUCUCUCUAUGAUUGUACUGCUGAGUUUAGAUUCUAUUGGUUGAACUCGAAGCUCGAAGAGAGCGGUGCUUGCAAUGCGCCUUCACAUUAUCAUAAAUUUAGGUUCAGUGCUGUUCCAGUGUAUAAUUGUGAUCAGAGUGGCCUACAUGCAGCAUACACUGGAGUUGUGCCGUAUGCUAAGGAUGGAUUACUGUUUUAUAACAAGCAUGCACUCUAUCAAACUGGCAACACACCCCUAGCAUUAGUCUGGAAGGAUGAAAACUGUAGUCAAUAUGUUAUUGACACCGAUGGUAAAGGAGAGAUCCCAAGCCAACAACAGGUAGUUUUGGAGCUGCAAGAUGAUAGAAAACUGGUAACAUCAGAUGACCCUCCUGUGCUGUUUGGCUGCUUAGACGGGGAUAUCAUAGAAAAGUCAGGGCUGCAUACAGGGAACCUUUUACGGUUUGCUAUUGGUGAUGGAGGAUUGAGUUUUGUAGAUGGGAAGCUUGAGAAGGCUGAUUUGAUUUAUCUUGGCAAGUCCAACCGGGCACGAGCUUUUGCAGAUAGUUACUCAAAGGUUUUGUUCCAGUUCAUGGUUCGACAUUCUCCUCUAAAGAUAGAUGAUCUUCUAGCAUCAAUUAACUCCGCAAAUGAUCAAGAAAAGACACCAAGUGACAUCGAGAUGGUUGGUUGACUAUAUCUAUAUAUUAAUUAUACCAGGUUCGGUAUUUGUGUUCUGUGCGUGGCAAGUUUAAAACCCAUUGUGGAGUAGAGAGAAACUGAAGAUGCCCUGUUGGGUUACUACCAGAUGAAUUUCAUGCAGAAUGCAGGAGAUAGAUGUUUUUUGGCAUAAAUUAGGUAUGUAAUUGAACUUGGCUCAGCCAAGGGUGUGGAUGGUUUCAAUAGAGAUCUUAUGUUGAAAGCCAAAUUGUUGUCUUUUUGUGUGUAGGAAACUAUUGAGAGAGAUUGUAUCAUACAUGAGUGACUGUAAUUUCUUGUUCCAGCAUACCAGAGUAUCUAUGCCUGACUAAAGAUGUAUAGUUCUAAAUUUGUACUCAUAAAUUAUUUGAAUUUGGUUAAAAAAUAAAUAAAUUACACCACAAAUCACUCAA